AGCAGUAUAAACACUGAGUGUUAUCUGCACUGGUGUGAAGAGCUUUCCCUUUUCCUCUUGACACACAAACACGCCUUAUUCAUAAACAGGAGUUUUUUUUAACAAAGAUCUGUUACACUUCUAAUCGGUCUGCCAUUACUUUCUGUGGAUCUAUACUUUUGGCGCUGGCCUCUUGUUUCAAAGAUGCUUACUCUGGAAUCUGCACAGUAAGUUAUUCCUGGGACGUACUUAUAGCUUGACAGCACAUGCACUACUCUUUUAUUUGCAUUACCUUACAGUGAAGAAAUUGGCAAGAAUACAUAAGAACUAGGUUUGAGAAAUUUUAUGCUGCCAGUUAUCUGCUCGUGAGAUGGUUGAUAUAAGGUGAGAAAAUACAACAAAGCCUCUGAUUAACUUGACAUCUGCCAGCCUCCCUAUACAUACAGCGAAGGGCUUUUAACAGAAAUGGAAUGUUUCAGUAAGCAAAGCACAAGUGGAUUCUCAUAUUUGCUGAGUGACUCCGAUAACCGUACAGAUACACUGUGGGGUAUGGCUAACCAGGAAGAUACAAACUACAGUGACUACGAAGGUGGCCAGUUCACCUUGCUCCAGAAUGUCCAGCUGUCUUGUAUGCCAAAUCUCUUCCCACCCUAUAUGCUGGACAUGGUUAGCAAUCCUGAGACACUGAUGGCAACACAGUCUUUGAGCUUGGGAUCUGAGGAAGACCUCAGUACACAGAUUUACCAGCAGUACCCACAGUUCCAACCACCAUGUGACAUCCCAAGCCCAACUCAGUCUGAGGAAGAUGAUUACAAUCACCUGGACAGUCCUGCUCUUGAGGUGUCUGACAGUGAAUCUGAUGAGAAUAUGCCACCCAGAGACUCUCCUAGCUAUGAUGGAGGGGCAAGGAAAAAAAUGCGUUUAUUUCAGUUCCUCCUUGAUCUGUUGAAGAAUGGAGACAUGAGAGACUGUGUCUGGUGGGUCGAUGAGGAAAGGGGAACCUUUCAGUUCUCCUCCAAACACAAAGAAUUACUAGCUCACCGCUGGGGGCUUCAGAAGGGCAACCGCAAGAAGAUGACCUAUCAAAAGAUGGCCAGAGCACUCAGGAAUUACAGCAAGACGGGUGAGAUCCGUAAAAUCAAAAAGAAGCUCACAUAUCAAUUUAACAGUGAACUGCUUGGUACUAAGAAGUCAUAUGCCAAGCCCAGUGCCUUGUCAUAAUAACUGAAUACUGAAAAAAGCAAUGGAGCUCAGAAACUUUAGGGAACUUAAAGUUUGCUGGACAAGAGGCACAUGAAGAAAUCUGCAUUUGGACUGUUUUUGUGUUUUUCCUUUUGCAAUGCCAAUAACAAUUAUUUCAUCUGUGAACUUCUUCCAGCUGUUUUUAUAUAUAGAUAUAUAAAAAUAUUUGAUACAAUUUUUUUAUUCUGAGCCAGUCUGCUGGGUAAGUGGCUAUCACUUCCCUGAACUUCUAAAGGGAGUUCACAUUUAGGUUUUGUAAUGGACAGGCUUCAUGUUCAAUUACUAUGCAUGAGGUGUAAUCUGCCAUUGGACUGAGAAAAGGCUUGAGAUGACGGGGCUGGGGAGGAAGCACUCAGACUGACAGGAGAAGGAGGAGGAGACGGUACAGGACCAAACUGCUGUUUGCCUUGGUUGCUUUCUUUCUAAUGUUCUCAAUUUCAUCUGGAUGCAAACACAUGUUUUAUGUUUAAGAAUAUCAGUAAUUAUCUCCAAAGAAAAAAGUGGCCCACAAGCCUGCAAAGUUUUGCAGGCAAAGAAAAUAGUGUUUCUUUAUGAAGCUGAUGCUACAUUUUCCUUGCCUGCACCAAAGUGGACAUCUUUUGUGACUAUAUGAAUGUAAUGGGGUACCAAGAAUCAAUACUUCAUGGAAUGAAGCAGUACAAUAACAGAAAAAGAUGCCUCAAAAAAAAAAAAAAAAAAAAAAAAGCAAUACACUUUUAAGAAAAAUACAUUCAUGUUUAUAUGUCAGUUUAACACCAAAAAGUUGAGAUGACAGUGCUGAAUAAUGCACAUGGGAUUGAAAGUAAUGUUUUACUUUGUAACUCCAUACCAUAUGGUCAGAUGAAUAAUCAGUGGUCAGAAACAGACAACAUUUCAACUUUAAUGCAAAAAUAAAUUAUGUAAAAUAUUUACUACUUA